AAAGUCAAAAUUGGGCACUAUAGUCAAAUGUAGUCCCACGUGCAAGCCACGUGACAUGCGUCUUCUUCGCCAAGGCGCCCUCCCUCGGGAAAUUCUGGUGGGCCCACCGUAGCAGUCCAUGCAAUGGUGUCGCAGUCUCUUCCUUCAACGGACGCCAUUAACACAUGCUUUAAUUGCUUAACAAACUUGCUGAUUUCCCUCCACUAAUCCCUCUUUCUACACCCAAGUCCAAACCCUUCUUUCAUCGUCACCAGCGCUUCUGUGAGAAUAUAUUGGGGAAAAUCUCUCCCCAAUUGGAAACAUUCCCAAUUGAUUUAGGAUAGCGUAGUGGAACCGAUACGUUCACUUUAAUUUCAUUUGUCGCAAUUCGCUUUUCUGCUACUACUUCUUCUUCUUCUUCUUCAUGAUCUCAAAAAGUCAAUUGCUAUUUGCAUCGAAAGUUGCUCCAUAGGUACGUUGAAUUGGAACAAUGCCCGCCCUGCAUUUCUGUACUUGAAGAAGAGGAAGCGUCUUUCUGCAAUCAAGGGGAAAUCCAAGGAGAUGAAGAAUGAAGAGAAGGCUCGCUCUCUCUUCGGGAUUUCACUAACUGGAAGGCCUAAAUGGCAGCAGUUUCUCCUCUGUUCGUCGGGAUUUUUCUUCGGCUAUCUUGUGAACGGCGUCUGUGAGGAAUAUGUAUACAAUAGGCUUCAAUUCAGCUAUGGAUGGUACUUCACCUUUGUUCAAGGAUGGGUAUACAUUGUUCUGAUUCAUCUCCAAGGAUUCACAAGCAAGCAAAUGGUGAAUCCAUGGAAGACCUACUUGACCCUUUCUGGUGUGCUCAUGGGCUCCCAUGGUCUCACCAAAGGUUCUCUGGCUUUUCUCAAUUACCCUGCACAGCUCAUGUUCAAAUCCACCAAGGUCCUCCCAGUGAUGAUAAUGGGGCCUUUCAUUCCCGGCCUAAGGCGAAAAUAUCCGCCUCAAGAAUAUGUUUCUGCUGUUCUUCUGGUGGUGGGCUUGAUCCUUUUCACCUUAGCUGAUGCCCAAACCUCCCCAAAUUUCAGCAUACUCGGUGUUCUGAUGGUGUCCGGUGCCUUGAUUAUGGAUGCCUUUUUAGGGAAUUUGCAAGAAGCGAUCUUCACCAUGAAUCCUGAAACAACACAGAUGGAAAUGCUCUUCUGCUCGACUCUUGUGGGCAUGCCGUUCUUGAUCCCACCUAUGUUGAUCACCGGAGAACUUUUCACUGCUUGGAAUUCUUGCUCGGAGCAUCUCUAUGUCUAUGGAGUUCUGGUUUUUGAAGCAAUGGCGACGUUCAUCGGGCAAGUUUCAGUCCUCUCCCUGAUCGCGCUGUUCGGCGCAGCCACAACAGCCAUGGUGACUACAGCUCGAAAGGCAGUCACAUUAUUGCUGUCCUACUUGAUCUUCACCAAGCCUUUAACAGGGCAACAUGGGAGUGGGCUCUUGCUCAUAUCAAUGGGGAUUGUGCUGAAGAUGUUGCCUGAUAACAGUAACACUAACACCCCCUCCAAUUCUCUGCCCAUGAAUGAAGCCAAGAAAAGGUUUCAACUAGGACAGGACCAUGAAGAUGAUGAUGAUGAAGAGCAAGAGGAAGAAAAGAGAGCUUUGGUCUGAAAUUAAUGAUGUAAUCACAAUAUCCUGAUUUAGUAGUACUAAGUUUUGCCUAAUAGUUUGGCCCUUCC